CUUAAAAAGGUAUAUAAACCGCAAAUUUUGGCGUGAAUUAUUGUAUUUGUCAUAUCAUAACAGUAAACCAGAAGCGUUUAAUUGUAAAAAUGUUACUGACGGCGUUUUUAUUCUUGUCAAUAUCUGCGAGUGUUUUUAGUGACAGCACUACGAACGGUGAAAAAUACAUCUUCGACUUCACUGGACCGGAUGGCGUAGAAGAAUGGCAGGAGCAAUCGGAUACCGUGCGCUCCGUGGGAAUGUCCAAAGCGGUUCUCGUCAUGCACCAGAACACCGAAUACAAACGAGCAGUAUUCUUCGCACUGCUAAACCCUCAGACAGAUGGGUCGGGGUUCGCUGGAGUCAGAGAUUUGAGGGCAUAUGAUGACCUAACGGGGUACACAAAGUUGCAGUUGCGGUGUCGUGCCCAGGGACAGUUCAAUGGCUUCAAAGUCGUUUUACGGCACAAGGGAUUAAACAAUGAUCCUAAUUUUACCUUUGAGCAGCUUUUCGAAGGCCCACAAAAUGAAUUCGCUGUCCGUGACCUGCCAUUUUCAGAAUUUAAAGCAUUUUUCCACGGCCGAGAAGUAGAAACUAACGACACUCUUGAUGUAUCCCAAAUAACUAGUAUUGGUAUUCAAAUGUACGGAGGAGUGUUCCUGCCUGUGAAACAGAGUGGUCCUGCAACUUUAGAGAUAGAUUGGAUAAAGGCAGUUAACUGAAAGUAGUUAAAAAUGUAAAAAUGAGUGAUUAUGUAAAUACAUAAUGACUGAAAUAAAAACAU